AUGCCGAGACUUUUUAAAGGUUUACACAUUAUGUUACAUAGUAUGCCGCAACAUCUGACCAUUCUUACAACAGGGAGCGUGUUUCAGAGAAAACUGCAAACGUCGCAGCCCAUAUGCAGAGACUUCCAAAACGGGAGGUGUUUUAGAUCCAGGUGCGUUAGUAAAUUUAGAUGGCCCGCCCAAAAUUUCCUUUUCUUCGACACAAACGCGGGCGGCGCUGGAAACGCGCCAGACGACAAAAAAAAAGGUCGAGUCAAAAAACUAACAACCUUCGAACAAAAAAUUCUUCUUCUUUGUCUUCAUCUUCUUUAA